AUGGACGACGCUCGGCGUCCGCGUCCUCAUCGUCCAUCUACAUUCUACAUAGGCUCUGAGCAGCGCGAUUUCUCGGAAUCCCUGGGCGGCAAGGGCGCCGCCCCCUCUCAUGACCGGCCCGCGGGCGCCAAGGUUGCCAUACCCAGGGCUACAACCACCGCUGACCUGCCGAGCUCGUCUCGACGUGUCGGCCAUGCCUGUGAGCCAUGCCGCGAACAGAAGACCAAAUGCAGCGGCGACCGUCCAACGUGUCAUCGCUGCCAGGAUUUGGGCCUGGCCUGCUCGUAUGGCGAUCGGAAAAGGGAAAGAACCGCUAAACUGAGCCCCCAAGACAUGCAGCUGACCGAAGAAACACUGGCCAAAUACAGGAUCGAUGGAGACAAGCCAGGCGCUGACGAGCUUCCUGUUGCGUCCUCCAAGUCGGGUACUUCAGAGGCUGCGGUCAGUGGGAAGCCUGUUCAGACGGUCUUGAGUGAGUUAUUGGGCGGGAUCGACUACACCGAGGAAGACUUCAAUCGCAGCGAGCGAUCCAAGGCGGUGGGAUGUGUGGGAAAGCAGUCUGCAAUGUCGUGGAUCUACAGUUUGAAGCGAGAAAUUGAAUCUGAGUUCCCUGGCAGUGGCCCAGCAGUUUCACCGGAAGAUCCUCAGGAGCGGCAGUCGGUUGCGUCUGUAAGCUAUUUCCUCGAUGAUGCAGAGAUCCCGCUCGUCGAGGACGUUGAUCUUUUAGGACGUCCUUCUCAGAUGGUUGCCGAUGAGUUGAUGAAUGGCUACUUCAACAUGAUUCAUCCCUCGUUUCCCAUCAUUGGGAAAGAGACGUUUAUGGGGCAGUACAAGUCCUUCUACUCGACGCCUUUAGUGCGACCUGGACGACGGUGGCUGGCUAUAUUGAACCUGAUCUAUGCAAUUGCGACGCGAAAUCUGCGUCAAAUCCAGCCGGAGCGGAUCGUCACUGGUGACGAUGACCUGGUAUAUUUUUCCCGUGCGUGGAAACUGGGGAUGGGGGAAAAUGCCAUUCUUGCUCAUCCUGAUCUGCAACAAGUCCAAGUGGAGGGGCUAACAUCAUUGUAUCUUAUGUCUAUUGGACAUGUUAAUCGAUCUUGGAGAGUUUGCGGCAUGGCCAUUCGCUCAGCAGCUGCAAUGGGGCUCAAUUUGCGGAGUGAAAGCAACUACGUCACGCACGUGUCUAAGGAGACUCGAUACCGGGUUUGGUGGUCGCUACAUACGCUCGAGACGAUCCUAAGUAGUAUGACUGGCCGUCCUCUCUUCACCCGAAAAGAAAUUUGCACUACGCCACUGCCCGUUCCCUUUGAGGAAGAAGAGUUUUCGGAUGGGAGGGUCACACACAUCAUGGCGGACAACAAAGCACGAAGUUCCUUGAUUGCACAAUUUGUCAUCAGGCAUCCAUGUGAGCCCGCGGGGACUGGGACUGCUGGUGAAAAUGAAAAAGCCAGGGGCGAUGGGAAGGAGCCAGUCAAUCCAAGUAUGUCUCUAUAUUUUCUCUGCUUCGUGGACUUGGACCUCCUCAUGCGAGAGGUCAUUCAUACGGUGUAUGCUCCAGGCGCUGCUCAGAAGCCCUUGCAUGAAGUUGAAGCAGCCGUCAGCGACCUCAAUAACAAGGCUGAUAUGUGGCUGGCGAGGCUUCCAGGUGUCUUUCAAUUUAGUUCUGAGCAGAAAUCCCAAGGCUUUGAGAGACAGAGACUAAGUUUGGCGUUCCAUUUCUACAGCAUGAAAAUGUUGCUGAGCAAACCUUUUCUUCACCAUCCUGACCGGCAGGUGGCAGGUAGCGGCAAACCAGAAAGGUUCUGUGAUAGGCUAUCGGCACUCUGCGUUGGUGCAGCCUGCAGGAUGCUGGAUUUGUUCCCGGACGAGCCCGAUACGACCUGGCUGUACCGGGUUUCUCCAUGGUGGUGUGUCUUGCACUAUCUCCUCCAGUCCGCUACCGUACUACUGAUAGAAUUGUCCAUCGGAGCCACGUCGAAGCGCGAGGACCUGAGGGAGAUACCGGCGAAAACGAGGAAGGCGUCGCAGUGGCUGCAGGAGAUGGCAUUGCGGUGUCCUGCGUCGCAGCGAGCGUGGUCGAUCUGGGGAGAGCUCCUAUCGCGACUGGGGGAGAAGGUGGGAUUCGAGGUUGACGUGGGGACGGGGACGGAUGAAGUACGCAAGUAUCGCCGGAUUGAUGUCGCUGUGGGCGCUAAUAAUAAUAAUCGUCCUGGGUAUUCAGGGAGGACUCCCCGGUCGAGAUCUAGGCCGGUGCGAGCAUCGCCGACGUCGUUGACCGGCCGGUUGUCAGUCUCUUUGCCGGAGAGUCCGACGUGGCGGUCUUUGCCGGCAUAUCGAGAGCGAGAGCGAGAGCGAGAGCGGUUUGGAAGUGGUCUGGGGGAGUCUGAAGAGGGGCAUGACAGCGAGGGGGAGGGGUGA